AUGGACAGAAUCGUUGCCGAUCGUGCUACUCGGCAUGAGAUCGUCACUCAAAGAAGACUUACGUGCAUCUACAGUACCUACGGUACUACACUUCGCUUGCCCGGUGAAUUUUUUACAGCCAGCAGCAGCAAUCUAAAACCAACGCUAGAGUUCAUCACAAAGCUAAAGCGAGCCAUGGCGAGUAUUCGGCCUACCCCCACAAGCAAUCAUUCGAACCGGACACCGUUCGUUCAGAGGGAGAUGGCUACAUGCAGCCAUGUUUUCGUAAAAGUUGGCGUAAUUAAACCUCCACUUACACAACCGUUCGAUGGACCGUUCCGUGUACUUCGAAGGAAGAAAAAGGUCUACAUAGUCGAUAUCAACGGUAAACCAUCUCCGAUUUCUAUCGAUCGGCUGAAGGCAGCUUUCGUCCAGACUGAUGACACCUCUACAGCACCAACCAAACCUGAGCCAGAGGAGAAGCCCUAUACAACCAGAUCGGGACGCCAAAUUAAAAUCCCUUGCCGCUACUGGUGA